AUGGAGUUUAAUCAAAGUAGUAAACAAGACUUCUCUAUUCAGCCAUACAACAAUGAAGAUAUGAAUGAUGUUUUUUGCACACUCUCUAAAGAUUAUCUUCAAGAUUUUCAUCACCUUGAUCUUUCCUUUACCCUUCCAACCCUCAACAUCCCUGAUCACAAUUUCAUGAUCGAAACGAAUGGUUAUGACCCGUUAUUUGAUCCAUUCUCGAAUAUUAAGGAUAAUUAUUCAUCAAUGGAUCAAGAUUUCAACUUCAAUUAUGAGUUUAAGCCAUUUGAUCAAAAUGGUACAAGUGGUAGUACACUAGUCAACUUUAAUGUUGUGCCUGAUGAAAGUUCAUGCAUUACUACUGCUGAUAAUAAUGGUAAUUAUGGUCAAAAAGAAAUUGGUGGAAGAAAGAAUAAGAAACAAAUUACAAAGAGCAAUGAGAACAGUUUAUCUUCUUCAUCUAUGAGAAAACUAGGAAGGGGUCGAAAAAAGUACUCUAAAUCAGCCAAAGGACAAUGGACUAUUGAAGAAGACAGGCUUUUGAUACAAUUGGUAGAGAAGUUUGGAGUUAGAAAAUGGUCUCAAAUUGCUCAAACGCUGAAAGGGAGAAUAGGGAAGCAAUGUAGAGAGAGGUGGCACAAUCAUCUUAGACCUGAUAUCAAAAAGGAUUUAUGGACAGAGGAGGAAGACAGGGUCUUAAUCUCAGCUCAUGCGGAAGUAGGAAAUAAAUGGUCCGAAAUUGCAAAAAGAAUACCUGGAAGAACUGAAAAUUCAAUUAAAAACCAUUGGAAUGCAACAAAAAGAAGGCAAUUUUCAAGACGAAAAUGCCGCACCAAAUGGCCAAGGCCAAGCUCUCUCCUCCAGAAUUAUAUCAAAAGUUUGAACUUCGAAAAAGGUAGCAAUGACACAACCCUUAAUAAUAAUGCACCUAAAUUAGAGCCAUUUGAGUUAUGUGACAAAGGCAAUAUCCAGCAAUUAGUUGCUGAUUAUGAUUUUAGUCAAGUCCCAGAAUUUGCUUUGGACGACAAACUGUUUGAUGAUUUGGAGAUUCCUUAUAAUGAACUGCCCCAAUUGAUGCAAGCUGGUGAAGUGAAUACGGAGGCUGACUUGAUGGAUUUGAUUUCUAGUGUUAAUUAUGAGAUAUAG